AUGAAUCCAUCUCCGGGAGCAGAUCUGCUAUUCGAUUUCCCAUUCCGCGCCACGGCCGACUCUUUUACCGCGCCGCCAUCCACACCCACCAUUAGAUUUCUCAUCUUCUGCACCCACGACGAUCGCCUUCUGCUUCUGCCUUUGCUCUGUUUCGAUACGCAUUUGAUCCUUGCUAGCCUGCCCUCUCCGACGUCGGACACACCCUACCCCCAGCCCAAUCGUUGCCGCGCUCACUGA